GGAGGGAGAGAGUCCGACUCCGAGUCUAGUUUUAAACAUUACAAUUUUACCUUUAACUCUUCAGCGACCUGUUUUGGGGAUAUUUAAGGAGCUCUGAAAUCUGUCACAAGUAUCGUGUUGGUAAUUUGUGGUACAGCUGAAUGACCCUGGACGUUUUCUCCUGGGAGAGAGAUGGAGAACAGCUCUCAAACACUGUCGCCCUUGUCACCAUGUCCUACCACUUUUGGAGGGUCCCUGCAUUUCUCCUCCUCGCCGCAGCAGACUGACUUCUCAAAUGGCCAUCUUUCACUCCCACUUUCCCCUAUUUCAUUCCCCCCAUCCCCUUCUUCACUUUCUCCAGCAUCAGCAGAGUCUCUUCACUCUUUCUCGCCUCUUUCACACUGCAUAGCGUCUCAGUACCUCGAAGGACAAAACAUACAGUGCCUCAGCCCGGCGAACAUAUCAGACCAGGAUGAUCUGACCUGCCUCAACUGGCUGCAUCAGAGGGGCAACCUGCUACCGCUGCAGCCCCUUCCAAAAAUGUCACCACUGCCUCAGCUAGAGUGCUCAGCACCUACCCAACCUCUUUCUCCUGCCAUGUCCAAGCCACCCUACUCCUUCAGUAGUCUUAUUUUCAUGGCGAUAGAAGACUCACCUGAUAGGAGGCUUCCAGUGAAGGACAUCUAUGAUUGGAUUGUGAACAAUUUCCCCUACUACAGGACGGCCUCUGGAGGCUGGAGGAACUCUGUUAGACACAACCUGUCGCUGAGCAAGAGCUUCCGUCGCAUUCAGAGGGACAAGAGCCAGUCAGUGGGGAAGGGAUCGCUGUGGUGUGUGUGUCUAGAGUAUCGGCAGGCGCUCCUCGAGGUGCUGAGGAAGACCCACAGUUAUCACAGCACCAACAUCAAUCUGUUAAACAAGCCUGCACUGUUGGAAGGAGCAGAGUUUGGGGUGCCUGCAGUGUGCGACUCUAUGGAAAUGUCAGAUCCUCUCACUCACGCCCUCCUUCUCUCCACGUCCUCACCCCAAAUCAUGACUGCCGAUAACCCAACUUUCUCUGAAAACCCACCGUGCCCUUUGACCCCGGAUCACGAGGAGCUUGUCACCAUGGAGUCGGUUGAAUACCAGCAGCAGGGGGAGGUCAGCGAGGAGAUGGAGAAGGACCCCCUGUCAGACAGCGGGUACAUUGAGUUACAUUAUUACCAGUCUCACCAGUAUCAGUACCUGGUGCUGCCGGGUGACACAGAGUUGGACCUGGAGACUGUGGAGAUCCUUCAGCUCGAUGCCGAGGCCCAGGAGGCUGCUGGGUCACUGCUGGACCUAGCAGGCGGUGUAUAUUAAUGAUGAAUCCCAAUUAACAAUCACAACUGAUGCAAUGCCUCAAGCCAUUGUUAUCAGAUGCUCCAACAAUGCAACGUAAAUAGGUUUUUAUGUUUUGAAGUCUUAAUCGAUAAUGGAUGGAGUGAUGAUGUUUGGCAAAUCGGCUGCUUCUUCCUGAGACGUUGACACUGCCCUACGGCUUGUUUUGUAGUAAAAGGUAUGAAUCCACUUUUUGAUGAAUUAACAAGACUAAUGGAUCACAUUACUUCAUAUGUGUUCAGGCAUUUUCAAUGCAGAAGCUGAAUUUACCACCAUACCAUACAAUGAAAACCUGGACAAAGACUUGAGUGUAAUCCUAAACUGAAAACUGCGGACAAAAUGAUACUCUGAGAUUUUAAAGCUGAGGGGAAAGUAUUAAUAGAGUUUGAUCAUUCAUUAUAAUAGGUUUUUAGGUUUUCCACUGUGUUUUUUUCACAUUAAGUUGACUCUUGGGGUGGAAGGAGUUAUUUUAGUUCAAGAAGAAUGACUGUUUCUCGAUUUAGAUGUUACCCCAGUUAGGGUAAGAUUUAUAUAGCGUUGAAACCUGUACAAGAAAAGCACAAAAAAGGCUCUUGACUCACAUCCACACUGUUGCCGUUUCAAUAUGAAUAUUUGUUCUUGUGGUGACCAUCUUUUCUUUACAAGAAUGUUUUCAUAGUGGUUGCUUUAUGAGGAAAGAAACAUUAAAAACAAACUUUAGUCGAAUAUCUUGGCCCUUAACACUGUUACUGUUACCUAUAAUGAAAAUACUGCCUUUCUAAAAGUAGUUGAGUAUAAUACUUACAAAAAAUACUUACUCAAUUACGAUAAUAAAAGUACUUCCAAUUUUAUUUCUAAUUAAUUUCUUUAUACCCCUUGUCAUUCUUCUGAUCAUGUUUGCUAGAGUUUUAUGUACAUGAUGUUAUUUUAUGGACUGCCUUUUAAUUGUCUGUGAAUUGUAAUACCUAUAUAUGAUCCUGUAAACUAAGCUACAUUUUCUUCAAUCAGGAAUAGUUUGAUUGUAAUUUUGAGUUAAAAUGCAAAAUGAGCUCACUGCCAUUUAAACCACUUUACAUUUCAGGGCAUACUGAAUUUCUGUUUGUAAAUUGUAUGUAUUUUCAAAAGCUUUAGAUUAUUCAGUGAAUUAAAAUCGCCUGUUUUUAAUGUUUGUGUCAUUAGGGUUGCAUUGCAGUU